UGUAGUUGCGAUGUUAAUUGUGACUUCGUAAACAAAAUAAAACCGAACUCUUUAGACCAAAAACACGAUCGCUUUAAGCGGGUACCUCACCGGAGGCCGGAGCUGACAAACACACUGCAACUACAGAAAGUUCACGUCUACUUUCAGUGUAACCGCACUUUAUCACCUCAGAGUUGGCUCUAGUGAAGAAGUUGGGCGAAAUUGGGGGUGUUUUGUUGGGAAAUAUGUAUUUGGGGGAAUCAUGAUGAAAGGAACGAGGACGGUGGGGAAGUAUGAAGUUGGAAGAACAAUUGGCGAAGGAACCUUCGCCAAGGUUAAGUUUGCGCGGAACAGAGAGACAGGGGAAAGUGUAGCCAUGAAAGUUUUGGUUAAAAGUGCUAUUCUGAAGCGUAAAAUGGUUGAUCAGAUUAAGAGAGAGAUAUCCAUUAUGAAGAUUGUCAGGCACCCAAAUAUAGUUAGGUUGCAUGAGGUUUUGGCAAGCCGAACAAAGAUAUAUAUUAUCCUUGAAUUUGUGACAGGAGGAGAGCUCUUAGAUAAAAUUUUUCGCCAAGGAAGACUUUCUGAGAAUGAUUGUAGGCGAUGUUUUCAACAGCUUAUAGAUGCAGUUGCUCAUUGUCACAGUAAGGGCGUGUACCACAGAGACCUAAAGCCUGAAAAUCUUCUUCUUGAUUUGUAUGGAAAUUUGAAGGUUUCUGACUUUGGGUUGAGUGCAAUGCCCCAGCAAGGGGUUGAACUUCUUCACACCACUUGUGGAACCCCAAAUUAUGUUGCCCCUGAGGUCCUUGGCCACAAAGGUUAUAAUGGUGCUGCAGCUGAUGUGUGGUCAUGUGGAGUAAUACUCUUUGUUCUGAUGGCUGGAUAUCUUCCAUUUGAAGAGACAAACCUUCCGUCCUUGUACAAUAAGAUAAAUGCUGCCGAGUUUUCUUGCCCAGUUUGGUUUUCAUCUGGGGCAAAGUCAUUGAUUCAUAAGAUACUUGAUCCAAAUCCCAGAACUCGUAUUCAGAUUGAAGGAAUUAGAAAAGAUCCAUGGUUUCAGAAAAACUAUUUGCCUAUUAAACAUAGAGAAGAAGAAGUGAAUUUGGAUGAUGUCUGUGCUGUUUUUGAUGACAUUGAGGAAGGUUAUGUAGCUGAGCAGUCCAAAAAUAAAGAGGGGGGUCCUCUGGCAAUGAAUGCAUUCGAGAUGAUUACACUAUCCCGGGGGUUGAAUCUAGCUGCAUUGUUUGACAGACGACAGGAUUAUGUUAAACAGCAAACUCGUUUUGUAUCUCGCCAACCAGCAAAUGUUAUAAUUUCAAACAUUGAAGCUGUUGCAGAAUCUAUGAGUCUCAAGGUUCAUUCACGUAAUUACAAGAUAAGACUAGAAGGAAUUUCCGCUGGUAAAGUUGGACAAUUUGCAGUUGCCCUGGAGGUUUUUGAAGUUGCACCAUCCCUUUUCAUGGUUGAUGUUCGAAAGGCUGCAGGAGAUGCCGUUGAAUAUCACAAGUUCUACAAGAAUUUAUGUUCUAAACUAGAAAAUAUCAUUUGGAAACCAGAGGGUUCCACUCUGCAUAGAACAGAGACUUGUUGAUCCUUUGGUGUGGGUGUGAUGCGAUUCUGUCGGCAGACAGGUCCGAGGAAGCUCUCUUUCCUCAAAACAAUUGUUGUAACAUUUGUGUGUGCUUCAUGUGUGAAUUUGUUUUAAGGUCAGUGAUCUCCUUUCUCAGGUAUGACCAUAUUUUUCCUUUGUAGUAUGUAUAUGGCCAAGUCCACUGGGGAGACCAGUCUACUUUGCAUUUAGUGGCUUUUGUAUUUUGUAUAAUGCAAUAUGAUUAUCAUGAAUAGCAAUAUGAAAAAUGUCAUGCAGUUUCAAUGUAAAUGCUGCAUGUUUGAUCCUCCA